AUGUGUGUGCUCAAAAUGGGAAAUGAAGCCAGUUAUCCUCUGGAGAUGUGCUCUCACUUCGAUGCUGAUGAGAUUAAGAGGCUAGGGAAGAGGUUUAAGAAACUCGACCUAGAUAACUCGGGCUCUCUCAGCGUGGAGGAGUUCAUGUCGCUGCCUGAGCUGCAACAGAACCCACUGGUGCAAAGGGUUAUCGACAUCUUCGACACGGACGGGAAUGGAGAGGUGGACUUUAAAGAAUUCAUUGAAGGAGUUUCCCAGUUCAGCGUUAAAGGGGACAAGGAACAGAAGCUCCGAUUCGCUUUCAGGAUCUAUGACAUGGACAAAGACGGUUACAUCUCCAACGGGGAGCUCUUCCAAGUGCUCAAGAUGAUGGUGGGAAACAACCUGAAAGACACACAGCUCCAGCAGAUCGUGGACAAGACCAUAAUUAACGCAGACAAGGACGGAGAUGGCAGGAUAUCCUUCGAAGAGUUCUGUGCUGUGGUGGGAGGUCUCGAUAUACACAAAAAGAUGGUGGUGGAUGUGUGA